GCCAUUGGCCUGACGCGGGUCGGCAGCAGUUUCCUCUGCUCUCCCGGUCUGCAGUUUAAAUACCCACCAGGAAGGAAGUGAGGAGUGUACGUGGCUCAGCCCUGUGAGAUGGCUGCUGUGAAUGUAAAUCUGACUCCAGGGCACUCCUAUAACUGCUAUGAGCUGCUGGCUUGGCUCAAUGAGUCACUACAGACAAGCUUCACCAAGGUGGAGCAGGUAUGCACAGGUGCGGCAUACUGCCAGUUGAUGCACUGGUUGUUUCCUGGCUCUCUGGACUUGUCCAGUGUCCGCUUUCAAAGCACAGACAGGGUGGACGUCAUUCACAACUACAGUCUACUGCUGGGUGCCUUCAGAAAAGCCGGCGUGGUCCGAUUUAUCCCCGCAGAUGCGCUGAUGAACAGGAACUCGGCGGCGUCUCUGGUGUUCCUGCAGUGGUUUAAGCUGUUCUUUGACACCAACAACAGUGGCAGGGAGUACCACGCCUUACAGGCCAGAGGAGGCCAGAGCAUCGUUCCUGCAGACUCAGCUCUCGGCAGCCUUUCCAAUAAGAAGCCGCGUCAGAAGGCGGAGAUCAUUUUUAAGAUGGAGGGCAAAACAGAGGAUGGAGGGAAGAAAGAAAAAGAGAAAGAGCAUUCAAAGGGAAACACAGAUGACAUUGUCAUGAUAUCUGACGAUGACGAUGUGAUGGAGGUGCUGGUGGCAAAAGGGCCAGUGAAAACACAGAGGAAGCAUGAAAAAGAAGAUAAAGAGAAGGAGGAGAUGCAGAUGAAAAACAGAAAAACAGCGUCAGAUGAGCAAGACAAAGGGAGGGGUUUUCACCGCAGUCGUACGUUGAUGUGCUUCAUCAGCAAGUAUUUGAGCGGCGAAACAGACACAAACCCGGACUCACAGGACUGUCCUGAGCCGAGGCAGGGCUCCGUGCCUUUCCUCUCUUCCAUCUUGAGUCCCAGCCACCCAGCAGACAUUGUCUCGGCCUGCUCAGACACACCUUUCUGCCUCUACCUGUACAUGGAUGUGGAUCUGGGUGGGGGGCAGAGCACUAACGUCAUUGUGAUUGGCUACUUUGACCAGCACUCAGGGAUGAAGGUGUUGAGGCUGCUGGACACCCUGCAGUCCAAUGCAGACACUAACCCAAAUGCACAAAAGGGAAUAGCCAUCGGUACUGACAUCCAUGCAAGUAAAGAAAGGCAAAGAGCGUCUGCACAUUCACACGCCCUGAUACAGAAGCUGCAGAACUUCGGCAUGCCUCUGAGCAACCUCGCUGUGUUUUACUGUAAUGCUUCACAGCCAGGGCUCAGCCAGGAGUUUGUAUACCAGCUCCGGGCUUUCAACAGCGGGUUUGUGUCUCUCUGCGGCCUCCCUGAGCUGGGAACAAGAGCCUGCCACACCGGACUCACGGCCUCGUUCAGCUACGUGAUCGACCUGGUCAAGGACGUCCUCCGUCACUGUUCCACCUUCCCCCCACGAAACAAGCGGCUAAAAGAGAAAUUUACCAGCGCAGCAAUUUACAACUCGUCGCUCCCCUUUUCUGCCCAGUCGAUCCUCAUCAUGCGCACCAUGCAGAAGAUGUGUAGCCUGUGGAAUGAUUUGGUGGAGCACUUCAGCUCGCUGGGGCAAGAGGAGAAUGCUCGGAGGAUAUGCGCACAACUGAAGGACCCUAAAAUCAGGCUGCACUUCCUGUUCCUGGUUCAGACACUGGAGUCCCUGUGCACCUUCCAGGAGGUGCAGCAGUGGGGGUCAUCUGACGUGGCUGCGGACCUCCAGCUGGCCUCCAUGCUGGCCAGCUCCUACACCUCGCGCCUCCUCCGGCCCUCCACCGCCGAGCGCUUCCUCAGGAGGCGGGACCUGGCGCUCCUCCACAACGACAACGAGCUGCUCCCCGACUCUGAGGUGAACGUGGGUGUUGAUGCCAGCAACUUCCUGGCAUCCACAUCAGAGCUGGACGAGCACGACAAGAGAGACUUCAUGAGCGAUGUCGUGGCUUUCUUCAAAGCUGCGUUGGAGAGUAUGACGGACAGUAUUCCAGAGCAGCUCAGCGACCAGGCAUUGAGGAACAUCGCCACACUGCUGAAACCGUCUGGCAGCGUACCUGUUCACAUGUUUUCCAGUCGUGCGGUGGUGGAGCUGGCUGGUCAGCUGGGCCUGUGCAUGCCAGGCUCUGCAGAGGCACAGCAGCUGUCAGACGACUUCUCCCACUACCUGCCGGUGAUGGCAAGAGAACAGACGAGUGGAAGAGAAGCCCGUUACUGCUGGACUAAGGUGUUGCACGGCAUGCCGAAGGGCUCUGUCCUGCACAGACUCUACCUCACCCUCCUGGCACUGCCCCGCUCUCUACACAGGGCCGAUGUGUUCACUGAGUUAGUCCCCUGCAGCCUCAAGGAAACCCCCAAAGCCUCAGCAGGACAGAAGGCUCGGAGGUGGGCAGGGAGGCUUCACCCCCACAGGAGGACAAAGCCUGGCAGCAGGGCAGCGUGUGAAAAGGACAACAAGAAAGAGAAAGAGGAGGAGGAGGAGGAGGAUAGCUGCUCGACGGACGACAGCGACGACUGGCAGUCUAAACCGUAUCGACCAGUCCCAACCAGAGAUGCCAGGAAUGUGGACGCCUCUGACGCCAUGCGGCUUUCCUCUGUUCGCCCAGCUCCACAGGCAGAGUCGAUACUCAUUGAGGACAGUGAGGAAGAGGGCGAUGACGUGGUGUUCACUUGCGCAACAACAGCAGAGUCAACUAAAGAUAAGGAGCGACCUUCAUGUUACAAGGAUGGCUGUGGUUUUGCGGAAGGCGGGCUGGUCUGGGGCAUGCUGCAGGAGUUCUCUCCCUGGCCAGGCAUCGUCAGACCCUUGAAGGAGAAAUGUCAGGUUCCAGAAAUGAGGCUGGUGGAGUGGUACAGAGACGGGAUGUGCUCUCUGAUCAGCACACAGGCUCUCCAACCGUUCUCUGCCUUCGCCCGGUGUUUCUGUGCCAACUCCUUUGCCAAACUCACCACCUACCGAGACGCCAUCUUCAAGUCGCUGCAGGCGGCGGCUGUGAAUUAUAAGAUGAAGUUUCCUGACUGCAGCGGGGACAGAGAGGAGCAGCUGAGGCUGAUGUUAGAUUGGGCCUUUGGAGGUUUCCAGCCCUCAGGGCCAGACGGACACAAACCACCACCCACACAUGAAAAUAAGAGGCCGAAGAUGAGGAAACAGCGCUUCCUGAAAACUUCUUCCACUCCCUGCUCCUCCAGCUCCUCCACCCCGACAAGCAGAAAGAACUAUGACGCUGCUUUUGGGCUGAAAGAAGUGUCUGUGUCUUUAAAAAAACUGUCUUUCGACCACUCAGGCAAAUUCACUCACAGUCUGGAGAGCGAGGGAGGAGAGAAAAAAGUAAACAGAGAGCAAACAUCGUGGGAAGAAGGGAGUGGGCUGGUGGGAAGAAGGUGGGGAGGAGGAGGAGGAGGCAGGGGGAAGAUGGGCAGAGGCCAGAAGAAAAAAAGCAGUCUUCUCUGUGAGUUUGAUGACGACCAGUCGCCAGACUACUUGCCUUCGGACAGGAAGAGGGCCUUCCCCAGAACCUACAACAAGGUGAAGCAGCAGGGCAGCGUCUACACCCAGCCGGACCAGAAACACAGAGAGGAGACCAUAUAUAGGAUCAUGGACCAGAAACUGGAUAUCGAAGCUUUCUGCCUGUGUUGUGGAACCGAGGACAUUGAGAUAUUCCACCCGCUGUUUGAAGGCAGCCUCUGCUUGAAGUGUAAAGACAACUUCACAGAGACGCUGUAUCGUUACGAUGAAGAUGGAUACCAGUCCUACUGCACCAUCUGCUGCUACGGGCUGGAGGUCAUCCUGUGUGGCAACGACAGCUGCUGCAGAUCGUACUGUCAGGACUGCCUGAACAUCCUGGUCCGUCCGGGUACGUUUGAUUCGCUGAAGGAGAUGGACCCGUGGAUCUGCUACCUGUGUCAGCCCCACAGACCUCACUUCGCUCUGAUUCCCAGGGAAGACUGGAGCAUACGAGUCCAGGAGUUCUUUGCCAACAACAGUGCCAUGGAGUUUGAGCCGCAUCGUGUUUACCCGUCCAUCCCUGCCAACCUGCGCAGACCCAUCCGGGUGCUCUCGCUGUUCGAUGGCAUAGCAACAGGCUAUCUGGUGCUAAAGGAUCUGGGUUUCAAAGUGGAAAAGUACAUCGCCUCGGAGAUCUGCGAGGAUUCAAUCGCUGUGGCAAAUGUCAACCACGAGGGGAAGAUUAUCCAGGUCGACGACGUCAGGUCCAUCACCAAGGAGCACAUAGAGGAGUGGGGACCAUUUGAUUUGUUGAUCGGCGGCAGUCCCUGUAACGAUCUCUCCAUCGUCAACCAUCUCAGAAAGGGCCUCUACGAGGGCACCGGCAGGCUGUUUUUUGAGUACUACCGGAUCCUGAACCUGCUGAAGCCCAAGGAGGACGACCCCAGGCCGUUCUUCUGGCUGUUUGAGAACGUCGUCUUCAUGAACAUACACGACAAAGUCAACAUCUGUCGCUUCCUGGAGUGUAACCCGGUGCUGGUGGAUGCAGUCAAAGUUAGCCCCGCCCACAGAGCCCGGUACUUCUGGGGCAACAUCCCCGGGAUGAACAGGCCCAUCACAGCUUCCCAGAAUGACAAAUUGAACCUGCAGGACUGUUUAGAGAUCGGCAGACAAGCCAGGUUCAACAAAGUGAGGACGAUCACCACCAACUCCAACUCUCUGAAGCAGGGCAAGAACGUCUCUGUGCUGCCCGUCAUCGACAACGGCAAGGACGACAUCCUCUGGAUCACCGAGCUGGAGAAGAUCUUCGGUUUCCCCAAACAUUACACCGACGUCAGGAACAUGAAUCGACAGCAGAGGCAGAAGGCGCUCGGAAAGUCGUGGAGCGUGCCGGUCAUCCGCCACCUCUUCGCUCCCUUGAAGGACUAUUUUGCCUGUGAAGAGCUUCCUCCCAUGUCCGCCACCUCCUCCUCCUCCUCUUCAUCCUCCUCCAUCACUCCCAACAUCACCAUUUCCUCCUUAAACCCCGCCAGCACCUCCUGCUCUCCAUCCGUCACCCCUCCCAGCACCUCCACAUCCUGCUUAAACACACCCAGCAUCUCCACCAUCUCUCCCUCCACCUCCACCUCCGACCCUCCCAGCUCCUCCUUAAACACAGACGCCAUCCCCUGCUCCUCCUCCAACGUCCCCUCCUCUGUCAUAUCUACCUCCCCCUCUGUGACUUUACCUGCUCCUCCUGCAUUACUCUCAGCUCUUCCACAUCCUCCUCCAGCACCUCCGUCGCCUGCUCUGGCACACCAAACACCACCACCUCCUCCUCCAUCGUCACCCCCAGCAUCUCCCCCUCAUCCCCAGCCUCUCCAGGACUGAAGGAGCUGAGAUAGAUGGCGUUGGUUUUGUUUUUGAACGCGUGUGAAGACAAGGCGUGUUUUGAAAAGAUGGACAUCCACAAAAUCUGCGAAUACUCUGUUUCACUCCUCGCCUAUUUCUUUUCAUCCUUCUCCUGUUUUCUCCCUUCUGCAUAUUCUGUCUUUCUCCUCCCUCCACAGCUGGGGGUCGAUGUUUAAGAGAUUAAAAGUUAAAUUCUUACAGCCCCUUCAUACAAAAGACCUUAAGACCAUAACUUAUCUCUGCCAGAAUUUGUGCAGGAGAAAAGUAUCAGUUUUAUUGCAAUUCCUACUGGCAGCAGAAAUCGCUAAAGGUUGGAGAUUUUUGGGGAUUUGUAGUGGAAGUACUUGUUUGAUAAGUAGUUGGACCUCUUAAAUGAACUGAGUUGGGAAUAGAAGUAGUUAAUGAGAAUAUGUUAGCUGAAUUUCUCAGAUGUGGUACAGGUUUAGGCCACAGAUACCAAGAACUGAGUAUUGGCACAAUGUUUUCCUGGGAUGCUGAAAACAUCAUGUGUCUUGUCUCCAGGAGAAAGCCAGAAUUUGAUUUAAUGUAGUAUUAGUUUUACAAAGAGAUUUUUUUCCCCCCCAAUUUGUCAGUGUGUAGAGCAAUUGGGUUUUCCUCAACAUUUUCUUUAUAAUUGUCAGUUUCUGUAUUUUAUUCAGUUUAAAACUAAUGAGUGCUCAUAUCUGCACAUGGACCAGCAGUCGUUUUGGUUUCCGCCUCUUCGCCGACUCCUCCGUCCAAACUCCUGCAUCCUCUUUACACCUUUUUAUCUCUCUCAGCUCAGGGAACCGGAAAGUAAUGUACUAUAGUGUCUUUUAUGUUUAUUUUUAGGAGGAAUUAUAUUUAAAAAUCCAAUUGUAAUAUUAAGUUGGAUGUUGUUUUAUUGGCGGUGGUGUGUGGAGCGGCUCUCUGGCCUCUGUGUGCCUGCAGAUACUCGUGCACUGACACUUUGACACCAGCAAAACUGUGAUUCACCAGCAGACCGCUCAACGUUUCUGUGUUUUUUGUGUUAAAUCAUGAAAUAGUCGCACUGAUGACUGUUAAGCUGCUGAUCAAUAAUGUGAUAAAUCAUGGGAAAAUAUGAACACUGUCAUAAUAAAUGCUUUAUUCAGCAUAUUCAGAAUAUGAAAAAUCCAGUUACAGUUUUGUCAACUAAGGAGUUAAGUCAUUGCUGCUUUUUAUAAAUAAAUACCAUUUAUUGGUUUUAAUUAUUUCCUUAUUUCCAUUCAUUUGUUAGUGUAGUUUCUUAAAUGUGAAUAACUUUGGAGCAACACUGUUCAUAUUCACUCAAGUCCAGGUUCAUAUGUGUAUUAUUGAUUGUAUUGUGUGUUAAUGUCACCAUAACAUGUUUACCCAAAUCACUGAACCUGUUACCUCAAACACACUGACCUCGGGAAAAUAUUUCAGUUG